AUGCGUGACGGACCCCUCUACUUGGGGUUCGACCUCUCAACCCAACAGCUCAAGGCCAUCGUCGUCCAAUCCGACCUCCAAGUCGUGUCCGACGCCAAAGUCGACUUUGACCAAGACUUCGGCGCCAAGUACGGCAUCAAGAAGGGCGUGCUGCUCAACGAAGACGAAGGCGAGGUCUUUGCGCCCGUGGCCCUGUGGCUCGAUUCCGUCGACCUGGUCCUGCAGCGGCUCCGCGAGAAGAACACCCCGCUGAACCGGAUCCGGGGCAUCAGCGGCUCCUGUCAGCAGCACGGGAGCGUGUACUGGGGCCGCCAGGCCGAGACCCUUCUUGGCGGGCUGAAGUCGGACAAGGCGCUGGUGGACCAGCUGAAGGACGCCUUCUCACACCCGUAUGCGCCCAACUGGCAGGAUCACAGCACCCAGCAGGAAUGCGACCAGUUCGACGCUAAGCUGGGAUCGGCUGAACGGUUAGCCGAGGUUACCGGGAGCGCUGCGCAUCAUCGCUUCACCGGACCGCAAAUAAUGCGCCUCCGGCGCAAGCUCCCCGACAUGUACGCCGCCACAUCUCGCAUCUCGCUCGUCUCGUCCUUUCUCGCCUCGCUCUUCCUCGGCGCCGUAGCCCCAAUGGACAUCAGCGAUGCCUGCGGCAUGGACCUCUGGGACAUUCCCGGCAACAGCUGGUCUGAGCCCCUCCUCGAACUCACAGCCGGGAAGGACGGCGUUGCGGAGCUGCGUAGCAAACUGGGCGAGGUGAGGCUAGACGGCGGCGGCAGCAUGGGCCGCAUCAGCAGCUACUUCACCACCAAGUACGGCUUCAGUCCCGACUGCGAUAUCGCGCCGUUCACGGGCGACAACCCAGCCACCAUCCUCGCCCUCCCGCUCCGCCCGCUCGACGCCAUCGUCAGCCUGGGCACCAGCACCACCUUUCUUAUGAUCACCCCCGUCUACAAGCCCGACCCGAGCUACCACUUCUUCAACCACCCGACAACCCCCGGCCAGUACAUGUUCAUGCUGUGCUACAAGAACGGCGGCUUGGCCCGCGAGAAAGUGCGCGACGCGCUGCCCAUGUCGUCCGCCGACGGCUCCGACGCCUGGGCGACCUUCAACAAGCACGCCCUCGCCACCCCGCCGCUCGACAUCAAGUCCGAUUCCGACUCUGCCAAGCUCGGCCUGUACUUCUACCUCCCGGAGAUCGUGCCCAACAUCCGCGCCGGCACCUGGCGCUACACCUGCAACGCCUCGGACGGCAGCGCUCUUCAAGAAGCCGCGCAGCCGUGGCCGGCCGAGACGGACGCGCGCGCCAUUGUAGAGUCACAGGCGCUCUCGAUGCGCCUGCGCAGCCAGAAACUCGUCACCGCGGCGCCCACCUCGGGCCUGCCCGCCCAGCCGCGGCGCAUCUACCUCGUCGGUGGCGGCUCGCUGAACCCGGCCAUUGCGCGCAUCAUGGGCGACGUCCUGGGCGGCGCCGAGGGUGUGUACAAGCUCGAUGUCGGCGGCAACGCCUGCGCCCUCGGCGGCGCGUACAAGGCCGUGUGGGCGUUUGAGCGCGCCGCGGGCGAGACGUUUGAUGAGCUGAUUGGGAAGCGGUGGAAGGAGGAGGGGGCGAUCCAGAAGGUGGAUGAUGGGUAUAAGGAGGGUGUGUUUGAGAAGUAUGGGAAGGUGCUUGGGGCGUUUGAAGAUAUGGAAGAGAGAAUUCUGAAGGUGGCGAGGAAUACAUAG